AUGCCUUGCGAAGAUGAAGAUCUUUAUACAAUAACAAAAAAUAAGGAACACUUAGGAGGGGCAAGAACCAUCUUUAGUUUGUAGACAAGCCAAGCUUUAUUCGAUUUAUUUUAUGCUGAAGUUCAUUAUCAUUUCGAGGUUGAAAGGUCUAAGAAAGAGCUAUUCAGGGAUUUUGAACACAGAUUAUUGGUACAUCCUCUAUGCGAACAUAAAUAUAUAAUAAAGGAAUAGCUAUCUUAAUUCGAUUUCACUGAUGAUGAUAUAAACAGAAUUUGGAGGAGACUUAAUUACAUGUAAAGAAAUUGCUUUAAAGAUGAAAAAUAUAAAUGUAGACACUUUAGAUCACUCUUGUUUCCAGAAGACUAUUUUGAGAAUCUUAAAUUGAUAGGAUAACCUGUCUAUUUAGAUGAAUAGGUUCAAAAAUAAUAUGCCAAACCAAAUCAAUAUUCAAAAAAUACUCGAAAGUCUAGAUUUAUUGAGUGUCCAAAGAAUGAUAGAUGUUAGUUCUAUUAGAAUUAUGACUUACUUAAACCCUAUUAUGGUGAUAAAUUUAUAAUUGAUUAUAACAAAAUUUAUAAUAAAUGA